AUGGAUACAAAUGAUGAUGAUGUUAACAAUCAUUUCCUCUAUGAGCCUCUUGAGGAAGUCGAAAGAUUUGAGAACUACCGACCAGGGGGUUAUCACCCCAUACAAAUCGGGGAUCACUUUCACAGUCGAUAUCGAGUUGUUCAUAAGCUGGGACAUGGGUCUUAUUCAACUAUGUGGCUAGCCUACGAUGAACAAUCCAACAAAUAUGUUGCCCUGAAAGUUUGCAUAGCAAACUCGAACCCGAAGGAAGUGGACAUUAUAUCCACUCUCACUCGUCCUCAUUAUUCUGUCCAUAAUCCUGGAAAGACAAUGGUUCCUUCGAUUUUAGAUAAGUUUACCAUUCACGGUCCAAACGGCAAUCAUACCUGCUAUGUUACAGCGACGGCGAGGGUUAGCCUCUCCGGGGCGAAAGAUGGUUCGUGGAUCCGCUUAUUCCAGCUUGAUGUAGCCAGGUCAUUAUCUGCGCAACUCGUUCUCGCUGUGGAUUAUGUGCAUGCCAGAGGAAUUGUCCAUGGGGACAUUCACCUAGGCAACAUUAUUCUAAAGGUUCCACCCAAUUUUGACCUGCUCACACUCGACAAAUUAUAUGAGAAAUAUGGAGCACCGGAGCUAGAGCCAAUUGUUCGUCUGAAUGGAAAUCCAGAUACCAAUCCGCUUCCUCCCGGUGUCCCAUCCCACGCCAUCACACCUGUAUGGCUAGGGGAAGCAAGUGAGAAAAUCACACUUGCUGAAGCCAGGAUCUUGCUUACAGACUUUGGUGAAGCGUUUUCACCCUCAAAAGAACUGAGAUACGAAUCUCACACUCCCCUCGUCCUCCGACCCCCCGAGGUGAGGUUUGAACCAAAGAAGCCUUUAUCCUUUUCAUCGGACAUCUGGACUCUCGCCUGUACCAUAUGGUCUAUCGUCGCUCAACGGCCGUUGUUUGAAGGAUGUCUCGCGACCGAGGACGACAUAACCUGUGAGCAUGUCGAUACUCUUGGCGUUUUGCCACCUAAAUGGUGGAAGAGGUGGGAAGCGCGACAGAAUAAAUUUACCGAGGAUGGUAAGCCAAUAAACCGUCCCUAUAACGAUUUCCGAUCUUGGGACGAUCGGUUUGAAGAUAGCGUGGAAAAGCCCAGGCGAGAUAAGGGGAUCCCCUCGUUUGAUGCAAAGGAGAGAGAUGCUAUCUUCGACAUGCUCCGGCCGAUGCUCUCAUUCAGACCGGAGGAUCGUCCUAGUACUAAGCAAAUUCUCGAGUCAGAAUGGAUGGUAAAGUGGGCUUUGCCUGAAUAUGGGAAGAUCCAAAAUAAUACAUGA